AUGUGGUCGGAACUUGAGCGAGCUCUGCUCCAGGGCACUUCGCUAGAGGCUGCACUAGACGCUAAGCUAUCGGCUCUGAACAAGGAGUUUGAUGAACUCAUCGAAAGAUCAUCAACUCUUCCGUUUUGGAACUCGUUCUUUUGGGAAAGAGAAGCGGUGACUGUUGAUAAUUGGGUAUUGGUUGACGCGUGGUACAGAUCUCGAUGUCUGGAACUACCGAGAUCUGGACACGCCAUGGUUCCUGUCCUUGACAUGGCCAACCACUCACACUCACAAACUGCUUACUAUGACGAGGACGACGAAGACAACAUUGUCUUACUCUCUCGGCCUGGUAUGGAAAUAUCCAUUGGAGACGAAGUGAAUAUAUCCUACGGAGAAAAGUCACCCGCAGAAAUGAUCUUCAGUUAUGGGUUUAUUGACCACGAGUCCACUGUAGAGGAACUGACUCUACCUCUGGAGUUGCUGGCCGACGAUCCAUUAGGAAAAGCGAAACUCCACAUUUUUCGAGGGUCGCCAACUAUUAAGCUAUCUCGAUCAAACGGGAAAAUAAGCUGGCAAUGUCCUUUCGUCUACUUGAUGUGUCUGAAUGAGGAGGAUGGUCUGGAGUUCAGGGUCCUCCAAGGAACAAACGGGGACCGGGAGCUAAGGCUUUUCUGGCAGGACGAAGAUGCCACGGCUCGAGCAGAUGAUUUCGGAGAUCUCAUCAAGGACCACCCCCUCUGUCAGAUCUUUAGGCUUCGAGCUGUUUCGGUCUUGCAUGAAGUCGUAACCGACCAUCUCAUGCAGCUCUCUUCCGAGAUUUCCCAUGAUGAACUUGAGCCGUUGCGCCGGGCCGGAAAGAUCAGAGAUGGCCGCCUCCAACUGGCCCAAAAGCUCAGAGAAACAGAAGCCAGUAUCCUUGAAAGCGCUGCGGUAGCACUGGAUGAACAGCACAUCCAUCCAUGA